UGUUUUUUGAGGCAGGUUUCUCUUACAUAUUCCAGGCUAUCUAGAAGUCGUGUGGUUUUCUCGCCUCAGUUUCCCAAGUGCUAGGGUUAGGUGUAUGUUUUCAUCCUUUGAGCAUUGUUGCAAUUUGUGGAGGGCCACCAGCCUCAAGUUUGUGACCCAAACUGGACAUGUCCCAGAGCCAAUAUAGACUUCACCAAUGGCAGCAGGAAGUCACCCUCUGUGCCCGUGUGUUUGUCUAAGGCUCUGCUGCAGUAUCAGGGAAUGGGGCACCCUGACUGGCCAGGCAAGUUACUCUUCCUCAUCCUGAGGCCUGGGGUAAGAAGAUGGCUGUUGGCCCAGGUCACAGGUGUUUCUGUUCGAAUAACCACCUCUCCUGGGGUUAGCUAUUCCCAGUAUUAGGGCUUCUGAAGAGAGGCUUAGUAACGAUGCACUCUAAGUAGGCCUAGCUGGCUCCCUUGGUUAUCUAGUUUUGGAAGGCCUUACCAACUCCCGUGUUUCUGGGACAUUUCCGUUGUCUAUCGGUUCACCCAUUUAACUGUUCUGAGUUUAACUCAGUUGAUCCUUGGGAGACAACCACGUUCCACAUAGGUCUGUCAGCCUUCACUGCGGGGUGGAGAGUGCUGCCCCUCCGCUACAAGGCUGCAUGCCUCUCUUCCUCCUUUUCACUGCUCUUGUCACUGCUCGAAAGAAGAACUGAGAAUUUCUGGCUCUGGCCAGUGUGGGUUCUAAACCUGGAAGUGGGGAGUCAUUUGGGUUGCCCAGGUCUAGAUCUUGAGGGCCUUCACCGUGGCACAGUGGCCACCUACUGACUGCAGGACGGAGGACCAAGCACCGCCUCUGACUUCGGGCCAGCUGGGGUCAGUGUCUUGCCUUGUCCGCGGGUAAUGGGAAUCCGCUUGGUUGCAGGGGCCCUCCCAGCCACCAGGGGUCGCGCUGCAGGCGGUAGGGUGUUGGGCCGGCGCAAGCGAGGGUCACGGCCGCAGGCCCGGUUUGGGGGGGUGCUGAAAUAGCGGAGGCGUCCGCGGCUCUCCUGUGCGGGGGGAGGAAAGCAGGGCGCACAGAAGAGCGCGGGGUCCCCAGCACCGCGGGAGCCGGGAGGACGGCGCGGCAGCAGUUACCGCGUGGCGCAGCGCGCGGGGACGCUGGGACCGCCCAGAUCUCUUUCCACGGUGCCCGGCGCUCUCGGCUGCCUCUUCUUCCUUCAGCCCGGGCGCGAGCGGCUCCCAAGUCCAGUGCGCCAUGUCCGGGGCUGGAUAGCAGCCCGGCCGCCCCCUGGCCCGCCAGCCCGCCCUCGCAGCCACCCGCCAGCGGGCCGGCUGGGGAGUCCCAGGGCAGGCAGAUGCCGUGAGUGAAGGGGGGGCGAUGGCGGAGGAGCGGCCUCCCCGCUUGGUGGAUUACUUCGUGGUGGCUGGGCUUGCAGCAAGCGGAGCACCCAUACCUGAAGAGACGUGGAUUCCUGAACCUACUGGACCCCGGCGUCCUCCCCGGCCAGCUGAACCUAUUACAGAUGUGGCAGUCAUAGCGAGGGCCCUGGGCGAGGAGGUACCCCAGGGCUACACAUGCAUCCAGACUUCUGCUGGUGGCCACCCCUUGGAGCUCAGUGCUGGGCUUCUGGGUGGAACUCAGCCAGUCAUCUGCUACCGCAGGGGGCGUGACAAGCCCCCCCUCGUUGAGCUGGGGGUGUUAUACGAAGGGAAGGAGCGCCCCAAGGCUGGGUUCCAAGUGCUUGACACGACACCAUAUAGCCACUCAGCCAACCUGGCCCCUCCAGGCCCUGGGCACCCCCGCACCUACCUCACGUACCGGCGGGCAGCAGAGGGCGCAGGUCUGCAUGCCCUGGGCAUCACUGACCUCUGCCUGGUUCUACCCAGCAAGGGCGAGGGCACUCCUCAUACUUACUGCCGGGUACCCCGCAACCUCAACCCCGGCAUGUGGGGCCCAGCGGUGUUCCUGUGCUACAAGGUGGGCCUGGCCAAGGCCAACACACUGGUGUAUGAGGCAGAGUUGCUGGGCCGCUACCCGGAGGAAGACAAUGAGGCAUUCCCGCUGCCCGAGUCAGUGCCAGUCUUCUGCCUGCCCAUGGGGGCCACCAUCGAGUGCUGGCCUGCCCAGACCAAGUACCCGGUGCCUGUCUUCUCCACCUUUGUGCUCACGGGUGCUGCUGGUGAUAAGGUGUAUGGUGCGGCGCUGCAGUUCUAUGAAGCGUUCCCGAUGGCCAGGCUGUCGGAGAGGCAGGCUCGGGCCCUGGGCCUGCUGAGUGCCGUGGAGCGGGGCCGGGCCCUGGGGGGCCGGGCGGUGCGAAGCCGGCGAGCCAUUGCUGUGCUGUCCCGAUGGCCUGCGUUCCCAGCCUUCCGAGCCUUCCUCACCUUCCUUUACCGCUACUCCGUCUCAGGCCCCCAUCGUCUGCCCUUGGAAGCGCACAUCUCCCACUUCAUUCACAACGUCCCAUUCCCUUCCCCACAGAGACCACGCAUCCUAGUGCAGAUGUCUCCCUAUGACAACCUGCUGCUCUGCCAACCCGUCUCCUCACCCCUGCCCCUCAGUGGUGCUAGCUUUUUGCAGCUGCUGCAGAACCUGGGCCCGGAAUUGGCUAUUACGUUGUUGCUGGCCGUGCUCACAGAGCACAAACUGCUGGUCCACUCGCUGCGGCCAGAUCUGCUCACCAGCGUCUGUGAGGCCCUUGUCUCGAUGGUCUUCCCGCUGCACUGGCAGUGCCCCUACAUUCCGCUGUGCCCGCUAGUGCUGGCGGAUGUGCUGAGUGCCCCUGUGCCCUUCAUCGUGGGUAUCCACUCCAGCUAUUUCGAUCUGCAUGACCCACCUGCCGAUGUCAUCUGUGUGGAUCUCAAUACCAACACACUCUUCCAAACAGAGGAAAAGAAGCCCCUCUCUGCGAGGACCCUGCCCCGAAGACCGUACAAGCUUUUGCUGGCCACACUGACAAACCUGUACCAGCAGCUGGACCAGACUUACACUGGACCAGAGGAGGAGGCCUCCCUGGAAUUCCUUCUGACAGACUACGAGGCAGUGUGUGGCCGCCGGACGCGCCUGGAGCGGGAAGUCCAGGGAGCCUUCCUGCGCUUCAUGGCCUGUCUCCUCAAAGGCUACCGGGACUUCCUGCGCCCUCUCACCCAGGCCCCCUCUGAGGGGGCUCGUGAUGUAGACAACCUUUUCUACCUUCAGGGUUUCCUCAAGUCCCGGGAACGCUCGAGCCACAAGCUGUACUCUCAGCUGCUGCACACACAGAUGUUCUCACAGUUCAUCGAGGAGUGCUCUUUUGGAUCUGCCCGGCAUGCUGCCCUCGAGUUCUUUGACUCUUGUGUUGACAAGGUCCACCCAGAGCAGGAGAAGCCUGAGCCAACACCCUUGGUGGAGCUGGAGGAAGAGCUAUCAGGAAGUGAGAUUACUGUCUUUAUCACACCCCCAGAGGAGCCUCCAGUACUGGAAGGCAGUGAAUCUAUUCCCCAGUACAGUUAUGAUGGGUUUCCAGAGCUAAAAGCUGAGCUUUUUGAGUCUCCUCAGGAACAACGGGGGGCCCUCCCUGUGCCAGGCCCAUCCCGAAGUGCCCCCAGCAGUCCUGCACCUCGCCGUACCAAACAGGAGAUGAAGGUUGCACAGCGGAUGGCACAGAAGUCGGCCGCUGUGCCUGAGCUGUGGGCCCGGUGCCUGCUGGGUCACUGCUAUGGGCUGUGGUUCCUGUGCCUGCCUGCUUAUGUGCGCUCGGCAUCCUCCCGGGUGCGGGCCUUGCACACAGCCUACCACGUGCUGCGUGAGAUGGAGAGCCGCAAGGUGGUGCUCCCUGACGAGGUGUGCUACCGAGUGCUGAUGCAGCUGUGCUCACACUACGGGCAGCCCGUGCUGUCUGUGCGAGUCAUGCUGGAGAUGCGGAGGGCGGGCAUCGUGCCCAACACCAUCACCUACGGCUACUACAACAAGGCUGUGCUGGAAAGCAAAUGGCCAUCUGGUACUCCGGGUGGACGCCUACGCUGGGCCAAGCUCCGGAAUGUUGUCUUGGGGGCUGCUCAGUUCCGCCAGCCCUUGAAGGACCGACGGCAGCAGCAGCAGCAGCAGCAGCAGCAGCAGCAACAACAGGUGGCCGUGCCGCAGGGGUCAGACAGCUCUCAGACAGAGCCCUAUCUGGAGCACGCCUCCCCAACCCGUCCUCUGCAGCGCCAGACUACUUGGGCUGGGCGAACUCUACGGGAACCAUCCUCACCCACCGGACGUCUGGUCAAGAGUGGCAGCCUAGGCAGUGCCCGAGGGGCACAGCCCACUGUGGAGGCUGGAGUGGCUCACAUGAUAGAGGCCUUGGGGGUCCUCGAACCCCAUGGAUCACCUGUGCCUUGGCAGGAUGGAAGUCUCUCAGACCUGAGUCUGACAGGGGAAGAACUGGCACCUGGAGGCAGCCCAGGGGGCUCAGGCUCAGCCCUGAGUGCCCAGUCCACUGAGGCCCUAGAAGGGAUAAGUGGCCGGGGUUCCAAAACUAGCGGAUUUCAGGAGGAGGCGGGCACCCCCAGAAAAGGGCUGGGUGCCCGCCUCCAACAGCUGCUCACUCCUUCCCGCCGCUCCUCUGCUUCCCGCAUCCCCCCACCCGAGCAACCCCCGGACCUGCCUCCUGCGGCCCGCCGAAGUCCCAUGGAUAGCCUUCUGUGGCCCCGAGAACGUCCCGGAUCCACUGCUUCAGAGAGCUCCGCUUCUCUGGGCAGCGAGUGGGAUCUCUCGGAGUCUUCCGUCAGCAGCCUGAGUCUUCGCCGCUCCUCAGAGCGCCUCAGUGACACCCCUGGGGCUCUCCAGCCCCCCUCCCUGGAAAUUCUGAUGUCUAGCUGCUCCUUGUGCCGUGCCUGUGAUUCCCUGGUGUACGAUGAGGAGAUCAUGGCUGGCUGGGCGCCCGACGACUCGAACCUCAAUACGACUUGCCCCUUCUGCGCAUGUCCCUUUGUGCCCCUGCUCAGUGUCCAGACUCUUGAUUCUCGACCCAGUGUCCCUAGUCCACAGUCUGCCCUUGCUGGUGAGAGUGGCAGCAAAGAUGCUCCUGUCCCUGGGGGUCCGGGCCCUGUGCUCAGUGACCGGAGGCUCUGCCUUGCCCUGGAUGAACCCCAGCUCUGCAAUGGGCAUACGGGGAGCGCUUCCCGGCGAGUUGAGAAUGGGGCCUGGGCAUACCUGAGCCCUCUGGUGCUGCGUAAGGAGCUAGAGUCUUUGGUAGAGAAUGAGGGCAGCGAGGUGUUGGCAUUGCCUGAACUGCCCGCUGCCCACCCCAUCAUCUUCUGGAACCUCCUGUGGUACUUCCAACGGCUACGCCUGCCCAGUAUUCUACCAGGCCUGGUGUUGGCCUCGGGUGAUGGGCCCCCACCCAGCCAGCUCUCCCAGGGACCAUCCCUUUGGCUAACCCCUGACCCAGCCUCUGUGCGUGUUCGCCUGCUGUGGGAUGUCCUGACCCCCGACCCCAGCAGCUGCCCGCCUCUCUAUGUGCUCUGGAGGGUCCACAGCCAGAUCCCACAGCGGGUGGUAUGGCCGGGCCCAGCACCCUCCUGUCUUAGCUUGGCAUUACUGGAGUCGGUGCUGCGCCACGUCGGACUCAAUGAGGUUCAUAAAGCUGUUGGGCUCCUGCUGGAAACUCUCGGUGCCCCUCCCACCGGCCUGCACCUGCAGAGGGGAAUCUACCGUGAGAUCUUGUUCCUGACAAUGGCUGCUCUGGGCAAGGACCAUGUGGACAUAGCCGCCUUCGACAAGAAGUACAAGUCUGCCUUUAACAAGCUGGCCAGCAGCAUGGGCAAGGAGGAACUGAGGCAGCGGCGGGCACAGAUGCCUACUCCCAAGGCCAUUGACUGCCGAAAAUGUUUUGGAGCACCACUGGAAUGCUAGGGACCCUUGAGCUCUGCUCUCCAGCCUUGAGUGGAGAGAUGAGGAAGAGUGGAUUCUAGACCUAGCCUGACUCCUUCCCUUCAUAGAGGAAUUGGGAACAGGCUGUUCAGCCAUAGGCUUCGAGUGGGACUAGCAGGAAGAGGGACUCACUGUUACCCAAAGCCACAACUCCCCUGAAUCUGACCUGCCCUGUUUGUUCAUUCUGAGGCGGAGGAGAGCUGGGGAAGUUGGCACAACUCCAUUCUUUCUCCAUCUGAUUCCAGGAGCUCUUUUUCAGGGUAUCCUCAGACCUGCAGAGCCCUGGUAGACUUACAAGUUUUUGUUUUAAAAAACAACUGGAACGAUUUAGAGCUCCUGAGCCUUUGCCCUGAAUGGAAGGGAGGACUUUCACUCCCUACGUUGCUAAAGGAGCCCAAGGCCAUCCUAGUGUCGUAUUCUAUUUCGUUAUUUAUUCUGAGGCCAUAGCUCUUAUACUUACGAGGGUCUCAAGGAGCAUAAGAGAAGGGAAUUAGCUUUGUAGCUCCUUGAAAGCCAUGCGCUGGGACCCGGAGGAGUCCCAAGCUUCCCUAGGGAAGAAUUGGUGCCUCUUCUAGUCCUGGUCCUUCUUGUCCAGUCCACCGUGGAGAAUGCUCUCCUGUCCAUGGCCUUGACCUGUGCAAUAAGGAUUAUUCUUUGCAAAGUUUUGUUGGUUGUAAAUAUAGUAAAAGCUGCUUCUGUCUUUUUUU